GGCGCGUCCCGAUCAACCAAUGUCAGUGUGCGACACGCAGUAGUCGCGGUGUGAAAAUUUUAUUUAUUGUGUUUGUGUCCUGAAUUUAAAUAAAAUAAGAGGGUGGCGCAACACGUCAACAUGAAGCGCUUAAUGAUAUUUGUAGCCGCUUUGGCUGUAGCGGUGGCUAAACCAGAAUUAUAUAAAGAAAAGGAAGACUUUCAAUUUUCACGAAGUUCCACGGAUGAGGGAUCCAAGUCAGGAUUUUAUGGCGCUCAGCGAGGUAACAUGGGUGGUAAUUACGAACGUGCCCAUAAUAUGGACGCUUUGGCUCAAAAUCAAAUGAGUGGCCUGGUGCGACAAGUCGAAGGAGAGCUAGGCAGCGGUGCAAGAACGAGGACUGGAAGUGUUUACACUGCUGCCAACUCUAGAGGCACUUACGGAUCAGGUCAUUAUGAUCUUAGUAACCUUGCUGGGCGCAAUUUUCAAGAAGGUGCAUCGUACGGAAACUCACACUCACAGUCAUCAUUAGCAUCAUCCUCAGCGUACAAUGCAGCGGGAUACUCAAGUAGCCAAUCACAAAAUUCAAGACACAGUGGCUAUCAAGCAGGUGGACACACAGGUAUAAAUCUACAAUCUGAUGACCUUCAAACACUCGAUACCACUCGCGGAGCAGGCCAGCACGAGUAUGGCGGCAGACAAUCAGGCUACAGUUCCGGAUACAACGCACAGUCUGGUUACCAACAACAUUCUACUUACGAUAGCAGUAACUCUAAUCUCCAGUCAGGCGGCUAUGGAUCAAAUGUUCAUACUAGGUUAAUAAGUGCCACACCAGUCAGAAUUAUCGUAAGACCAGGAACGAGGGUUGCUAUACCAAUUGGUGCUCAAACAUACGAUAUUGCACAAGGAUCUCAAGUAAACCAUAAUUCUCUUAACAGUGAAGCUGAAGUGUUAAGCAAUGCCGACCAACGUGCUGUAUAUAGACCUAGUAACGGUAAACAUUACGAAUCAUCUUACAACUACCACAAGGAAUGGGAAAAGCACGAUACAAUUCCUGCAACCGUUGCUACAUCUACUUCUACAGAUAACCCAUUCCCUAUAAAUAGUGAACUUUAUGAAGACACUCAGGCACGUACAAGUAAUGCUCAAUAUGACGCCCGCAGAGCAGAUUCUCAAAGAGCACACUCAAGCAGUGUAUAUGGUGGAUAUAACGCUGUCAAGUCUGGACAAUCUCGUUUGAAUUACGACGCACAACGCAGUGGGCAAUCAAUUUACAAUAAUGUCAAUGGUUUCACUGCAGCUGGAUCUAACCACCACGACUCUACAUCGGACUCCAGAUUAAAUGGUUAUAAUGUCCAAACCCAGUUCAAUGCUGGAAGAUACGGAGCUGCAGUAGAUUCCAAUUCGUUGACUCAAGCCGUACAUAACGCAGGUUCCAAUGCUGAUUUGAAUAGUCAAGUUGAAACUUUAGAUACGAAGCCUAAAAGUUAUCAAUCCUCUUACUCUUAUCAUAAAUCAUGGGAACGUCAAGGAGAUCCUUACGUCAUUAAGCCCGCAUCUGGCGCAUAUUAUGAUGGCCAAUCUUCACAAAGGCUGAGUUCCUCACUGAAUCAAGGAUAUGUUAGUGGAUCUCACUAUCAGCAUUCACAUCAAAGAGGCGAAGACUGUGACGAGAAUGGCCACAUACGCGUUGCCCGUUCGUAUAACAUUGAUCAGUUUCAAGAUCAACAGCAACAAAGUCAGAAAUUAGAAGAUUUAGGUCAGCAAGUAGAAAAUUUCGGUCAGCAAGUGGAAAAUUUAGACCAACAGACAGGUCAGCAAGUGGAAGAUUUCGGCCAACAAUCACAAACUGCCUGGGGUCAAGAAGCUGGACAGCAGACACAAAAUCUGUGGGAUAAUGUAGAAGAUUUAAGCCAACAAUCACACAAUCAAUGGGAUAAUAUGCAGCAAACAUGGUCCAAAUUCGAAGAUUUCGGUCAAAAACCUCAAGACUUAAAUAAGCAAACCUCAAACCUUGAUCAAAAAGUCCAAAAUGAUCAAGAACAACGCAGACAAGGCACAGAAUUAAAAAAUAAUACUCAAGACCAACAAACACACGAUAUCUGGGAUAUGAGCAAUAUAAGACAAGAUGACCAAGAACAAUCUAGUAUAUUUGAUCAAAAUCACGAACAACAUAAAUUCAGUGGACAAGAGUCAGUUAGUCAAAGUGGAUACCAAAACACACAACAAAGUAAUUCGCAACAAAACAAUGCAAACUUUUAUAAUUUCCACAAAGAAAGCUCUUUUCAUGAAACACAUCAUGAGAGUAAUCAAUGGCACAUGUACACCGCUAGUAAUUCUCGGGAUCAGACUAUGAACACUAAUAUCAACACUCAUACUAUUGAUACAAAUUCACCAUCUGCACCUCUAGCCAGCAUUUGGGAUAAAUUAGGUAACUUAGAGCCUACAUUAUUAACAAACAAAUUAAAUAAAUCUGAAGAGAAUAACUUUUCCCAAACGCAAAACAAUCAGGGCUAUUCGAUGCAGACUGACAGUCAUCCUAAAGUUGAUGAAACUGUUCAAGGAAUAUUUCACCACACACAGGAAAAGGAAAAAGAAAUAAGCGUAGAAAAAUCAAAUAUCACACGUAACGGGCACGAAAGUUCUCAUGACAUGGGCCGCGGUGAUAUCAGCUCUGAAGAUUUAAUCGACUCAAAACCCGAUAAACAUCCCUUUGAUACAUCUGUGAGCAUGGAAACAACACAAAACAAAAACAUAAAAGAAGUAGAAGUACCACCUCAAAGUGAUUUGAGUGUUUUGGGAUCAGUUGUACAGAAAUCUCACGACCAAGUUAAUAGUAACAAUAAGACGACAGGACAAAGCAACAUAAAUGUUUUUAGCGAAAACAAGCAUUUAACAGAACAGUCUCGUGAUUUGAAAGAACAAAGAACCAUAGAAAACUCUGGUCAAGUAAGGGUACAUUCAAAUGAAUUUAAAAGUAAUGAGAAUAAAGUAAUAACAGAAUCCCAAAACAAUGGACAGAAUAAACUAGAACAAAAACCCGUACAACAUAUUGGUCAGGGAGAAAAUUUAGAGCAAAAAAAUCUAGAAGAUUUUAGUCAACAUCAAAAUAUAGAACAACAGAGUUCACAAGAUUUUUUCCAGCAACACAACUUAGACCAACAAAACUUGCAGGAUUUUGGACAGCAACACAAUUUGGAAAAUUUUGACCAGCAUGAAAAUAUGGAGCAACAAAACUUACAAGAUUUUGGCCAGCACGUAAAUAUGGAGCAACAAAAUUUGCAAGAGUUUGGCCAGCACGUAAAUAUGGAACAACAGAAUUUGGAAGAUUUUGGACAGCAACAAAAUAUGGAUCAACAAAAUUUGCAAGAUUUUGGUCAGCACGAAAAUAUGGAUCAACAAAAUUUGCAAGAUUUUAGUCAUCAACAAAAUAUGGAACAAGAAAGUUUACAAGAAUUUGGUCAUCAAGCAGAUACGCAGCAACAAAACAUACAUGAUCUUGAACACAAAGAAAAUUUGGAUCAACAAAAUGUACACGAUUUUGGUCAGCAUGCUGAUUCACAGAAACAAAGAUUACACAAUAUUUGGCAGCAAGCUGACUUACAGAAAGAAAAUGUAACACAUGAUCUUGAACAAAAAGAAAAUUUGGAUCAACAAAACGUACAAGAUUUUGGUCAGCAAGUUGACUCACAGCAACAAAGUUUGCACAAUAUUUGGCAGCAAGCUGACUUACAACAACAAAGUGUACAUGAUCUAGAACAAAAAGAAAAUAAGGAUCAACAAAACAUACAAGAUUUUGGUCAGCAGGUUGAUUCACAGCAACAAAGUUUGCAUAAUAUUUGGCAGCAAGCUGACUUACAGCAACAAAGUGUACAUGAUCUUGAAGACAAAGAUAAUUUGGAUCAACAAAACAUACAAGAAUUUGGUCAACAGACUGACUCACAGCAACAAAGUUUGCACAAUAUUUGGCAGCAAACUGACUUACAGCAACAAAAUGUACAUGAUUUUGGACAGCAAGAAAACUUGGAUGUAGAGCCCAUCAAUCAUAAUGGACGGAGUAACAACUACCAUGAGAAACAAGAACACGAUAUUACAUUACCAACACAUAAACAAACACCAACAUACCCUUCACCUCCUAAAGAAUUAGAAGAGGUUGUAGAAGUGAAAAAACAUAACUAUGAUUUACACUCAAUUUCUUCAAGUACUACAGUUGUUGCACCAGUAGAGACAACCACCGAAAAGCCCGGUUUUUGGAAAUCUAUUGGAAAUAAAUUCUCAAAUGCCAAAAAUAAAAUAGCUUCAUGGUUUUAAUAUUAAACCAAAGAUUUGAGAUUUGAGAGAUUUUAGUUAAAUAUUCUGUAUUAAAAUACUUUUAUUUAUUAAAAUAACCUAGUCAUAAUGAUAAUAUUCUGACCUUUGUGAUAUAAGUACAGUUUAAAAGGUUUGCUGAACACUGUUUAUACUUUAUUAAGGACAACUUAAUAUGAAAGUAACUUACCUCGGGUAGAGACUGAAAAUAUUUGACAAAAGCUUGCUGCUGGACCGAAUCUGUUCAAAUAAAAUUAUUAAUGUUAGAAAUAUU